UUUCUGUGAUUGUAGGUAUGUCUGAGGAGUUACCAAAGCGGUUGUUUAAGCCGGGUGAAGAGACCGAAGUGCAUCAGAUCAAUAACAACUGCAAGAUGGUACGCUAUUUCAAAAGAUUGAUGGAGUGGUUGCCAAAGGAGUUGGAGACAGUGAAGAAAGAUCCUGUUUUUGCUCAGAUUUUUAAGCUGUUCGAUAAUGGUUUGGGAUUCUCGGCGAGAGUGAUACACGGCUUCUUGUGUAGGGAGCUGUUGACUUACAAAGAUCAUGAGCUCUGGUUUGUCUUUGCGAGAAGACCUCUCCGAUUUUCAUUGCUUGAGUUCCACGCAGUUACCGGGCUUCAGUGCGAUACUAGUCUCUCACUUAAGGAGUUGGUUGACUGGGAUGAUGAUGGUGGUUUCUGGAGCUUAGUGAUCAGGACAAAUAAGGGGAUUUCUAUUUUCGAGCUGUGGGAACAUCACAGGGCAGCUGUUAAGAAGUGGAGUAAUGCUGAUCGAAUCAGGCUGGUGUAUCUUUGCAUCAUUGUUUGUAUGGUUUGCGGGAGAGAUGAGAAGGCACCUAUCCCCAUCAAGUACGUGAAGUUGGUGAUGGAUCUUGAGCAGGUUCGAAACUACCCUUGGGGAGUUGCUUCUUUUGACCUUCUAUGCGAGUCAAUAGCUGAAAAACGAGAUAAACUGAAGGAGAAUCCAAAGAGUUACGUGUUAGAUGGCUUCACCUACGGUCUUCAGAUAUGGGCUAUGGAAGCAAUACCAAAGCUUGGAAAGCUCUGUGGAAGAAAACUGAACAAAAGUUUUAAGAACGGUCCUAGAUGUGUAAACUGGAUGGGAGCUGCAAAGAUUUCGUACGAGGAGCUCAACAAGUUGGAGAACAUCUUAACACCCAAGGAUGACAUAUAUCCAUACAUCUCGUGGACAGGGAAUUAUACAGUGUGUGAAAGUCUUCAAUUUAGCAGACGAGAUGAGGUGGAGGAUGAUAGAGUCAAGCUUCUCAUGCAGAUGAUAAUGAAGCAGUUUGACUUCAGUGGUCAUAAUUGGGAGUACGAAGAGACACCGGUCUUUUCUUUUGGGGUUGAUAACAAAGAAGGUGAGAAUGAGAAAGUAGCUACGCAUGAGGGAGAAGGUGGGAGUGAUGAAGAGCCUAACGACAAGGAUGGUGAAGGUGGGAGCGAUGAAGCAAGUGGGAGCGAUGAGGAGUUUCAAACUCCAAAAGGAUCAGCAACCAUAAGGGCGAGAGAUACAAAGGGAAAGAAGAGGCUCCCUGAUCGUGGAAUAGAAAAAAGGAAGCAUAAGGUCCUACAUACUAGACCACAACAGGCUCCCUUUGAUAAAGAUAUGAAGACUUCUGUGACGCAGUUGUUUCAGCAAGGGCAAAACCAGUCCAAAACGACCAAAGUAUUAUUUUGA